AUGGGCUCUAUCGCAGAACCGUCUCUUCCAAAGGAGCCUGACUUUGAUCCCGAGGCUCUGAAAGCCAAGUAUAGGGAGGAACGUGAUAAGCGUUUAAAGCGGGAUGGACUCGCUCAGUACCACACCGUCGAAGAGGACGCGCUCAGGCACUACACAGAAGAUCCAUGGAGUAAGCGCCUAGAGCGAGAACCCAUCGACCAAGAGGUAGACUACCUCAUUGUCGGGGCGGGUUACAGUGGAAUGAUCCUCGCUGUACGUCUCUAUGAAGCCGGGAUCAAAAACAUCAAGAUUAUCGACAAGUCUGGAGACUUUGGCGGCACCUGGUACUGGAACCGAUAUCCUGGAGCAGCGUGCGAUAUCGAAGCUUAUAUCUAUAUGCCACUUCUAGAGGAGACGGGCUACGUGGCCACAGAGAAAUAUGCUCGUGCGCCCGAGCUCUACGAGCAUUCUAGACGGAUCGGCCAAAAGUUCGGUCUUUACGACCGUGCCUUGUUCCACACCGAGGCCUUGAGCCUGGUCUGGAACGAGGAUACUAAGCGAUGGGACGUGACCACCGACCGAGGAGAUCAUAUCCACGCUCGCUUCAUCACCACUGCUGGUGGGCUCUUACACAAACCUAAGCUACCUGGUGUCCCCGGUAUUCCCUCGUUCAAAGGACACAGCUUCCACACCAGUCGGUGGGACUACGCAUACACCGGAGGCGAUUCAAAAGGCAAUCUCAGUAAGCUCGCUGAUAAACGCGUCGCCGUGAUUGGUACCGGAGCCACUGGAGUCCAGGUCAUCCCCCACGUGGCACGGUCGGCCAAGGAACUCUAUGUCUUCCAGCGCACGCCCUCAUCAGUUGAUAUCCGGCUCGAUCGUCCCACGGACCCAGCCUGGGCCAAAAGCCUACUAACCAAAAAAGGGUGGCAACAACAUCGGAUGAACAACUUCAACAACAUUGUGUCUGGUGAGCAUGAGGAGGGAGAGGAAGACGAGGUCGGCGACGGCUGGACCGAUAUCCUGGUCAACCUAUCCAUCUCCGGCAGCAAGGUCGCGGCGAGCAAGCGAGCCGCCGAUCCCAUCAAGGCCGCGCAAGAGUUGGCCAAAGCGAUGCAGAUGGCCGACUUCCAGAAGAUGGAGCGCAUUCGUGCCAGAGUCGACGAAGUGGUCAAAGACCCGGCGACCGCGGCUGCGCUGAAGCCGUGGUACAACCAAAUGUGCAAGCGGCCGACGUUCUCGAACGAAUAUCUUCCGGUCUUCAACCGUGAGAAUGUCCAUCUCGUCGACACCGAGGGACAGGGUAUCGAGCGGAUCACAGAGAAAGGCAUCGUCGCCAAGGGUAAGGAGUACGAGGUCGAUUGCAUCAUCUACGCCUCUGGCUUUGAGUAUAUUGGCAGCGAUUACAGUCAGAGGAUGCGCAUCACCAUGCGCGGCCGCAACGGAAUCACACUAGGCGAGCACUGGAAGAACGGGCCUGAGACCUUCCACGGCAUCUACACACGCGGCUUCCCCAACCAUUUCAUCAUGAGUAUCAUGCAGACCGCCGUCGCGCCCAAUUUCACGCACAUGCUCAACGAGCAGGCAACACAUAUAGCCUUUGUGGUGGCAGAGGCGUUGCGGCGUGGCGCGAAGACCAUCGAAACCUCCGCACAGGCGGAGCAGGAUUGGGUCCGGACCAUCAUCGAGUUGGGAAGGCUUCGUGAAGACUUCCUGCGCGAAUGCACGCCGAGUUACUACAACGACGAGGGCCAGAUUACCGAGAAGACGCUGAAAACCAGCCGUUACGGCCUGGGCUCUCCUCACUUCAUCCGCCUAUUGGAUGCCUGGAGAAAGGAUGGCCGGCUUGCCGGUCUUGAGCUGGACGGUGAACCGGCCAAAGAUCUGACGAUGCCAUCCCAGGAGGAACUGGAUCAAGGUAUCCCGAAGACUAACAUAGACGUCACGGUGAAGGCGACGGCGGAGGAACUGGUUGGCGUUGUAUAG